CUGUAAUUCCCAGCAGAUUUCUCAGCAAACUGAUGAGUGAGGAGCAAGCUAACUCCUUAAAACAAUGGCAUUUCUCUUCAGACAGUUUUUCCUGCUGGCUGUGGAUCUGAUGCUUGCUUCCACUCUUUCGUGCUUCCUUUAUGCCUUUGCAUGCCUCAUAAUUGCUCUCCUCAUUUGCUUUGUUAUCUUCCUCUCCUUUGGAGUUGUGAAGAAAAUGGAGAGAGACAUAAAAGGGAGAGCAAUUGUAAUUCUAGUUUCCAACAGCUCCAUUGGACGGACAUUUACCAGGAACCUGGAUGAAGCAGGUUUCAAAGUAUCUGCCACGUUCUGGCCACCUAAGGAGAAAUGGGCUACAGUUCUGAAGGAAGAGUGUUCUCCAAAAAUGAAUUUGUCGCAGAUUCACAUGACUGAAGAUGAAUAUCAGAAGACAGUGAAAAACUUCAUAGAAAGCCACUUAUCUCUGAAAGGCACGUCUGAUGUGAAGAAGAAGCCAUCAGCCCUGAUGUGGGAAGAACAAGAGGCAGACAAAAAGGAGUUCUCUGAGAGAAAAACAACAUGGAUAUGGAAGAAUGUAGUGUUAUUUCCAGUUUACUUCAUUGCAUUCCUCUUUCUCCCUGUGAACUGCAUAUUGGUUUUCUUGAAGAAGAAAAUUCUACAUUUUACCAGCCUACUGAAGUUCAAGAACAGGCAGCAUGGAAAGCAACAUGUGGAAUAACUCAACAUGUCUGUAAUGAUAUGGUGAAAAGUAGCUGCAAGGGAGUAUGCAGAUAGUAGCAGAAUCUACUGAUUCCUGACCUGCAAGACUUAAGCACUGAAUGGUGAUGGCUUCAACCCCAGUCAAAAAGACAAUGAGAAAACUUUGCAACCUAGAAAUGGAUGAAAGAAUAUUUCUCUAAGUGUAUUCCAGGUCUCUAAUAUACCUUCAAAUCAAAUUUGCAACCAAGAAUAUGGUGAGAUGUUGAUAUUGUACAUACAAGGAUAAAUUAUCUAAAAUGAAAGGAUGAGAUGAAAAAUAAUGAAAACCUCUGAUCAAAGAAUAGAAUAUUCAGCAUUUUGACAUGCACAGUACUCUGACUUGACUUAAAUGGAUGGAAAAAUUGGUCAUCUUUCAUGUCUAAAUCUGUAUCUCCAAAUUAUUCAAUUCCUCAUUCAAGAUGUGGCUUGGCCCACAGAGGAGAUGAGGACAGGAGGGUCUUGAACAAUUGGUUCCAUGAGGCAAGGAGAUGGCUUAGGGAGCAAGAUUUUAUGUCAGAUUAAAUCUGAAACUCAUUUUGGGGCUUUCAAUCCCCUUUAGCUUAAUGGAAGCUUUUGAGAAGAAGUGUUUUGACUUUUCCAAAUGCACAGUUUAUCUUUUUAGACAAAAUAUUUUGAUCUUCAGGUAUCAAUUCUUUUUCACCAAAAAGUUCAAGUUUUCUGUCCAGAAGCAGACCCUCUCCCCCUCUCCCCCCAAAAUGUUAAUUUAAUCAAAACCCCAAUUUCCAGCUGAAAAAAACAACUUCCACAGGAAACUCAUAGCCAGACUUAAUGAGUAAUAUUUACAUAAUGUCCACAUAUAUUAUUUGUGCAGUUGCAUAUAAUACACUUUAUUAACUCCCCAAACUAUGUGUAGGGUUGAUGCUGGUUGUUAAAUAGCUACUGUGUGGCAUCAGAGGGGGAGUUUCAUUAUAAGAGGGAGCUUGUAUACACAAACAUAUAUAUCCAAUUUGAUUUUAUAAUCUGUAUUUGGACAAAACACUUAUUGACUUCAGUGGAAGCUGUGCCUGCCUAAGGACUUUAUGAUGGACUAUAAAUUGUUUAUAAAGCUUUGUGAUGAAAGGAACUACAUAAAAGUAUGGCUGUAUGGCAGUACUACUACUACUGAACCAUAAUUAUAAUAUACUUAUACUCGGGGACAUACUUCAUAUAAAUUACACUGAGAUUUCCAAAGCUGACUAGGGGAUCCAAAUGUCCAGUUCCUUUUAAUUUUAAAGGGAAUGAGGGACCUAAAUCCUUCAAGCAGCCUUGUAAAUGAUAGUGAUAACGUAUAAGAAAAUAAAGUAAUUCAUUUGUAAAGCCAAAACACCUCAGCAUAGCUAUAUUCUGGUCUCUUUCUUCUGAAGGUAAAAAAAAUAGCCCCGGUUUGCCAGAUUAAAAUUAAUAUGUGGAAAUGGGAAAUGGUUAAAAUUAUGUCCUUUUUUUUUUUUUAAGAAUUUUAUUUAGCAUUUUUUCAUGGCAAAUCAUUCCCUUCCUACCCAAAUUGUCCAGAUUGUCCACAAGAAAACUCUUUUUGUUUAGUUUUAACUAUGGUCAAAUUUCAAUUUUUUUAUUUUAAUUCUUCCCUCAGCUCCUUCUCCAUUCCUCUCGCAACUCCACUCCCUUUCCCCCAUCAUGGAAACAUGUAAGAAAAGCAAAAAGGGGAAACAGGAAAAGAGAAGAAAAUAAAAAUACAGCAACAAAAACACCCCCACCUUCAUCUUCAGUUUCACGAUGACAGUAUUUUUAAUGUUUUAAUCAGAACCUGGAACAAUUUCAGAAUUUGGGGGUAUAAUUUCAGCAAAAUGAUUUUUUUAAAGAAUUUUCAAAAUAUACCUACUCUUUUCCUGCUACCUAUAUGGGUUAUAAAUCUGUGAGAAAAUGUUCGGUCCCAUGGCAAAUAAACCCUCAAAUGUGGGCUGUGUGAUAGAAAAGACAGCAGGGUAUUAAUGGCUUCAACCUUCCCCAUUCAACUCAAUGGGAGAAGUCCCACUAAUUGGGACCAUAAAACUGAAAAUAUGAUGGCUUUCUAAGAACGUUUCCUAGCAAUUUUUUUACAGAUGAUGUGAACACAAAUACUCCCGUUUUCCCCAAAUAUCUUCAUGGUAAUAGUCAUCAAUUAACUGCUUUCCGUGCCAGCUGCCUUUCUCAGAGCUUCUACUGCUUCUGCAUGUCUGACCUAGUGAUACAGUUGGAAAAUGCAAUUGUGCUUCAUUGGGGUACAAAGUCCUCAGAAUAACAAUUCUCCAGCUAGCAAUGUUUUCAUUCCUGAUUUUUCAGGCCUUCUUUAUACGAGUGGUCUCAACUCAUACAAAUAAAUCCGCAGGAGCCAAAUCCCGCGAAGGAAGAACUAUUCACAUGUCUUGCAGGACUGACAUCUUAGAUUGCAAGGUCCUUGGGGCCUAGGUUGCAUGUUAUGAGUUUACAUUACUACUAUGUGAUGUAAAUAAUAAUGAUUACAGUGUUUUGUAAGAUUUUUUUGUUACUUCCUUGAUCAUUAAAUCAUUUAUUGGGCCCUCUUAA